AUGGCAGGCAGUUAUGUGGUGUCUGCAGCGACAGAGAUGGGGGGAGGGCGAUAUGGCUUGUACAGCGGGCGCCCAGGGACUAUGUCCCUGGAUGACUUCCAUGACAGAUUGGAGGCAGCGUUUGCAAAGGCAAAGUCGAAGGACAAGAAGUUGGAAGCGCAUGAGUUCUUGCAGCAGCUUCCAGCCUACUUGGAGAACGAAGCGCUGCAGGUUUGGUGCAAGAAGAAGUGGGAGAUUUUGGAGGAGCCAGAGGUGGAGGAGGGGGCAACGAAGGAGCAGAAGGCAAAGGUGAUGGCGGAGUGGGAUCCAUUUGAGGACUUGGUGACACUCUUCAAGAAGGAGUUUGGGGCGGCAAGCGCUGCGCACGCAUUUGAGACUGCAGAGCGUAUCGACCUGGCGCAGGCGUACGCUGAGGGCCACAGGGGGUGGCAGGCAUCGGAGCUUGUGGGGGCGCCUGUGUUAGUGCAUGCGGCUGCGAGCAUUAGGGGGACGGUUGCGGGAGUGGCGAGGGGCAGUGACGGGGCGGGCUGCUUCCGAUGCGGGGAGCCUGAUCACGUGGCGGCGCGCUGCACCCUGAGCAGGACGACGACGUGCGGCAAGUGUGGAAAGCAGGGGCAUGCAGAGGGGGCGUGCUGGUCGAGCAACCCCAGCAUGAAGCCGGAGUGGGCCGGCAAGAAGGCGGCCCAGGGGUCGGGGGUGAUUGACCCUCGUGACAUCACGAUUGUCGAGCUAAGGGAGGAGAUAGAUCUUCGAUCUCAAGGCGAUGGUCAAGGAGCUGCGAGACGCACGGCUGGUGGAAGCACGGCGCGCAAGCCCAGCGGGCGCAGGGGUUGUGCAUGCCAACGCGGCUCAAAUCCUGGCGGAGCGCUGGCGGGUGGUGAACGAGGAGGGCGAGGAGGAGGAGUAGGCUGUGCCGAGACGGCACUGCCGAGCAUGGGGGGGGUAGCAAGCUAA